AUGUACGUCAAGAAGUUAUUGUUUGCCCUUGCCCUCUCGGCCACCGUCUUGGAUGGCGCACUGGCUGCCGGCAGAAAUGGCAACAACGGCAACAACAAGAAUGGAAACAAUGGUAACACCAACACCGGCAAUAAUGGAAACACCGGAAACAAUGCCAACAAUGCCAAUAACGGAAACACCAAUACCAACACGGGCAAUACUGGAAACACUGGCAACAGCAACAGCGACUUGGCGCUUAACCCCAACCUGGUUCAGACGGGAAGUCAAAAUAACGGCCUCAGUGGGACUGGCGCAGAAGCUGGCGAAUCUCCCUCUGCAACCGACAAUGCCAACUUCAUCAACUUCUGUCAAGGGAAGACCUUGACCAAUGGCCAACAGAUCAAGGGAGGAUCCUGUAACGGAAUUGUGAUGGGAGAUAUUCCUUCCACUGAGAACAUGAUUUCGACGGUGAUCUUGAACCCCCAGACGGGCCAAGACCUCCCAGCAAACCAGGACUUCAACGUUACCCUGCAGGUUAACGGCCUGCAGGCAGGCUCCUUCACCAAUGCUAAUACCACGUAUUACGCAGCUCCCCAGGCACUUAACAGCAAGGGUCAAAUUAUCGGUCACACUCAUGUUACGAUCCAAAAUAUCGGGAGUCUCAACCCUUCGACGCCUCCGGACCCAACUACUUUCGCCUUCUUCAAGGGUAUCAAUGAUGCUGGUGAUGGAAAUGGUGGUUUGAGUGCCGCCGUCACUGGUGGGUUGCCUGCUGGUGUCUACCGGGUCUGCACCAUGACUUCUGCCAGCAACCACCAGCCUGUUCUCAUGCCUAUUGCUCAACGAGGUGCCCAAGACGACUGUACCAAGUUCACCGUCGGUCAGGGUCAGAGCAACAACAACAACAACAACGCAAACAGUGGCACCAGCUCCAACUCGGCUAGCAGUGCAGCUGCUUCCACCAGUGCUCAGGCCAGCUCCGGAAAUGGUGGCAACAACUCCAAGUCGGGUAACAAUUCCAACUCAAGUGGCAAUGGAAACACCUCGAAGCAGAAUGGAAACAAUGGCAACUCCGGGAACAGGAAUGGAGGUAAGAACGGUGGCCGUGGUCGCUUUGUGACGAGACAGUUUGUCGCCUAA